ACACGCACGCACACACACACACGCUCUCGUGGGUGGCUCUUCCUUUCUCCUGUAGGUCAUAAAAGCAGAAGCAAGUUUCCCAAGACGGAGCAGCCGCAGACCGACUCCGACCAACAGCAGCUUCUCUCUCUUCUUCUGAGUGUCAACUAUCUCCGUCAUGUCCAGUGAAGGCGCGGCCCCGAUCUCCUCCUCUCUCCCCCCCGCUCCACCCGGACACCCUCCCAAGGUGACGAACCGCGGCCGCUCCGCCGUUCCCAUCUCAACCUUGAACUCGCAGUCAUCGGACGUACCCGAGUUUGAGCCCUUCGGAGCGCCGGGCCCGAGGGGGUUUCCCCCGAUGAGCGAGUAUCUGGACAUUUGGGAGGUGGACAUGAUGAGGAAGCCGGAUGAGAGCAACAAGCAGGAACACCACACCAUGCUGUUCAACUCUGACCAUCUCCUCGUCCGUCGAGGACAAGAGUUCAAGAUCAAGAUUGUCUUCAACCGUCCCUACGUACCCGCCACAGACCUGUUCGCCGUGGAGUUUGUCAUCGGCUCCAGCCCCCAGUACAGCAAGGGCACCCACAUCCCCGUGUUCACCACCAAGGACCGCCAGAGCUCCUGGGGAGGCCGCGUCACGGACACCGUCGACAACGCGGUCACAGUGGGCAUCACUCCCGCGGCGAACUGCAUCGUGGGGAAGUACCAAAUGUACAUCGCCGUGAAGACGCCCUUCGGCAUCCGCAGGACCCGACGGGACAAGAGCCGAGAACUCUACAUCCUCUUCAACCCCUGGGUGUCGGACGAUGCUGUGUUUCUGGAUGACGAGGCGGAGCGGCAGGAGUGUGUGAUGACUGAGAUUGGGAUCAUCUAUCACGGCACCAUCGACGACAUCUCUGAGAGAAACUGGAACUAUGGGCAGUUUAACUACGGAGUCCUGGAUGCUUGUCUGUACAUUCUGGAUCGAGCUGACAUGCCGAUCACCAGCAGAGGAGACCCCAUCAGGGUGACCAGAAAGGCUUCUGCUAUGCUGAACUCCCGCGAUGACGACGGCGUGCUGGUGGGGAACUGGAGCGGCGACUACACCUACGGCGUGGCGCCAACCUCCUGGACCGGCAGCACAGAAAUCCUGCUCACCUACGCCAGCAGCCAGACGCCCGUCUGCUACGCGCAGUGCUGGGUCUACGCCGCCGUCUUCAACACCUUCCUGCGCUGUCUGGGCAUCCCGUCGCGGGUCGCCACCAACUACUUCUCCGCUCACGACAACGACGGCAACCUGAAGAUGGACAUCAUCCUGGACGAAGGCGGCAGGAUCGACCGCAGCCGCACCAGAGACUCUAUCUGGAACUACCACUGCUGGAAUGAGUGCUACAUGUCCAGACCGGACCUCCCUACUGGCUUUGGAGGCUGGCAGGUUGUGGAUUCAACACCACAGGAAACCAGCGACGGCAUGUACAGAUGUGGUCCUGCAUCAGUCCAGGCCAUCAAACACGGGCAGAUAUGCUUCCCGUUCGACGCCCCCUUCGUGUUCGCUGAGAUCAACAGCGACGUGGUGUUUUACACCCGCGAUAAAGACGGGACCCUGGUGCCGGUCAAGGUGAACCGGACCCACAUAGGCCGCGCGGUUUUCACCAAGUCUCCGGGAGCGAUGACCCGUCGUGACAUCACCGAUCAGUACAAGUUUCCGGAAGGCAGCAAGGAGGAGCGGACCGUCCUGGAGAAGGCCGAGGAGUUCGGCUGUCCUCGGGAGAAAGCCGACCUUCCCGCAGGGGACGUGGACCUGGUCCUGCCCAUCCUGGAGCUCAGCGUGGGCGACAGCUUCGAGCUGAGCCUGGAGUUCGUGAACCGCAGCGGCCAGCGGCGCACCGUGGACGCCUACAUCAGCGGCAGCGUGGUGUAUUACACCGGAGUCACCAGCUCCGAGUUCCUCUUUAAGAAUCCCACAGUGACGAUUGCCCCCAACAACAGUGUGAAGGAGUCGGUGGCGGUCGAGUCAAAGAAAUACAUGAAGAGUCUGGUGGAGCAGGCCAACCUCCACUUCAUCGCCACGGGGAAGGUGCAGGAGACCGGCCAGAUCGUCAGCGCCAUGAGAGUCGUCACUCUGCACAACCCCAAACUCAACGUCACGGUGUCCGCCGGCGGUAAAGUGAACGAGGAGAUGACCGUGGCGGUGGAGUUUACAAACCCCUUCACCUUCAGCCUGGAGGGCGUCUACAUUCGCAUGGAAGGACCCGGGAUCAUGCUGCCCAUGUCCAAAUACUACAGUCUGAUCCCGGGAAACUCCUCUCUGAACUGGACCGAGUUUUUCGUGCCGCAGAGGGCGGGCAGCAGGACGGUGAUCGCUUCUCUGGACUGCGCGGCUCUCCGGCAGGUCAACGGCACGGCGUCGGUCACCAUCGAGCCCUGAGGGUCACUCACAGCUCACACACCUGCACCAUAGUCACCUAACUGUAGGUCUACAACAGCUUAACCAGCAAAGCUUCAGCUUUUAUAACUACGGGGAUAAGGGUUAGGGACGGGAUUUUUUCUUAAUUGCAAGCACGUUAAAUAUUUUUCUACAGUUAAAGGAACGGUGUAUUUCAUUUAGUAGGAUCUUUUAACACAUUUUCUUCAGUUUAUAAUCUAUUCUUGUUUUAGUUAGCUCUUCACAGAGCCAUGUUUCUACAGACGGCCAGAAAAGAUCAAACAAACACUGCCUCCAGAGUUAUUCUGCAAACUUGCUGGAAGAAUCAAUAAAAAAGCAAUGUUAAUUAACGUAUUUAUUUGGGGUUGUAAAAGGGAAUUAAUGAUUAGUACUUUAUUCCCUCCCCCAUUCAAUACACCUCAUAGGGAUAAUAAACAGCUUCCAAGUAGUGAAGAUAUUUCACUCUCAGAAUUCACACACUCACGAUAUAACUUUCUUUUAAAUUAAUUAAUCUACACCAGAAUUACAGAAAAACAAACUACGUUUUUGUUUGGUGGAUAUGAGAUACAAACAACCCAUGUCAAGCUUUGUUCCAUUCAACAAAUAACAUAUUGAUUAGCAGCAUCAACUCAAAGGCACUAUGCAACUAUUGAGGUUUCUGGCUAAACAGCUGUUUCCACCUUUAUAUAUGAAGCCCAUCUUUCUCUGUGCCAAAACAAAUGCAAAUAUCAACCAAAUAAAAGAGUAAUAUCUGCA